AUGGUACAGGAUACUUUUUCCAACCUGAGCACUGCAGUGCUUGCCCUGAGGGGCUUCCCUGGGCUGGAGGAGGUUCAUGGCUGGAUUGGGAUCCCAAUCUUCUCUGCCUACCUGGCAGCCGUCCUAGGAAACAGCACCAUCCUCUAUGUCAUACGGACGGAGCCCAGUCUACACCAGCCCAUGUACUACUUCCUGGCCAUGCUGGCCACCACUGACUUGGGUCUCUGCCUUGCCACGGCCCCCACAGUGCUGGGCAUCCUCUGGUUCCAGGUUGAAAAGGUCAGCAAGGAAGACUGUGUAGCUCAGCUCUUCAUCAUCCACUCCUGCUCCUUCAUGGAGUCAGCUGUGCUCUUUGCCAUGGCCCUGGACCGAUUCCUGGCCAUCUGUUCUCCUCUGAAGUAUGCAGCGCUGCUGAACUCCAGUAGAGUGGUCAGAAUUGGAGUUGUCCUCCUGCUAAGGAGCACCUUGUUAAUACUGCCCCCUGUCUUUCUCCUCUUGACGUUCCCCUACUGCCCUAAUGCUGUCCUUUCCCAUUCCUACUGUCUGCACCAGGAUAUGAUUCGCGUGGCGUGCACAAACACAACCUUCAACAGCCUCUAUGCUCUCACCUUAAUCCUCCUCACAAUGGGUUCUGACCUACUCUUCAUCCUCAUCUCCUAUGGCCUCAUCCUGAGGACUGUCCUGGGCAUGGCCUCUGAUAACCAGGGCCACCGCAAGGCCCUGAGCACCUGCGUCUCCCACAUCUGUGCCGUUCUGGUCUUCUACGUCCCGGUGCUUGGGCUCUCCAUCGUACACCGGUUUGGACAGCAUGCACCUGCCCUACUCCACGUCAUCAUGGGUAAUGUCUACAUCCUCCUGCCACCCUUGAUGAACCCCAUCAUCUACAGCAUCAAAACAAAGCAGAUCUACAGCAGAAUCCUCAGAAUGGUCAGGAACUCCUGA